AUGGAGGAAAUACCAACUAUUCUCAUCUUCUGUAACCCUCCAUCGAUUAAUAAUAAGCAUUUAUCCCAUCAGACUGACCACCAAAGUAAAAAGAGAAAGUUAAAUCCAGCGAGCAUUCAAUGGAGAAGGAAAUUAUAUCGCCAUCCGUGCAAACCAAUGCAACCAUCGACGAGUGCUUGUCAACAUGAUGAUAAAGAUCGAAGCAGCAAUAAUAGUGGCCCGUCUACAUUUGAAUAUAUUAAUACUGUUAUAGAUCAUGGCAGCAAUUUACAAAAGGAAUUUGAUCGAUUGAUGAGAGAUAGCCAAGCGAUAAUGCCUGGUAUUAGUAGUCAAUCUGGCUUUCAAGAUACCGAUCAGAUCCUAUGUAGUGAUAGUAAUAGUCACGAUUUCGACUACCAUACUAGCUGGAAUGACAGCCUUCCCAUCGACAAUUUCAACUCAAUACCAGAUAGUUGCGAAAUAGAAGAGUUUACCAGUAGCACUUAUAGUAGUUGUGAUAGUGUCAAGACUUGCGAUAGUAUCUCAUCAGAUGAUCAUUGUAAUGAAAAUCAGCUAUUGGCAAACAAAACAGAAAAUCCGAUCGCUAGUGAUCAAGCUGCAGAGACCUCAUCAGAUAAGCUUCACCAACCGACAAGAAAUCAAGAUUCGCAAGAACUUUUACCUAAUUUCAAGAUUUCCAAGAUUGCCAAUUGUACCCAAAAGUCUCAAUUAGUCAAUUUACUGGUAGUAGCACUUCAAGUGAAUCCAGCUCACGAAAUUCAAACUAAAUCAGGCAAAAAUGCAGGACAGAUGAUUUUAAUUGGAUCUAUGCUAGUUGGUGACCCAACUCAGAGUUAUUUUAAGAUUACACUCUGGAGACAAAAUACUGCAUGGCUUGAAAGGAUAAGCCUCGGAGAUAUUCUAUUACUUGCAGAUUUAGAAGUCGACGAGUGGCGUGGAAAAUAUUUUGCUCAAAGUAUUCAUUCUUCCUGGGUAGUUAACCUUCAUAAAUGUAGAGAUAUAACUGGUAAAAGAGUUAGACAUUAUAUUCCAUCAAAAACCAUGGAUGAUGUUUACACAUGGGCAUCGAAUUACUUGCCACAUAUAUAUAAUACAAAUGAUCAAUCAACCUUGCAAGUACAAAGCAAAGUUGGAAAUGUUACCUAUCAGUAUGAAACUAAGCGCCUCCCAAAAAUGGUUGCUACAUUAGCGGAAUCAUCUGUACAAAAAAUUAAACUACAACUUUGGGGCAGACAGGCUAGAUGGUUCUCAGAAUUAAGAGCUAAUAUCAAUCGAGUUUGGAAGUGGUCCUUUCUACAUGUUCACUAUGAUGAGGUUACAGAUAACUACGUACUUAAUACAACUCCAAUAUCUGAAAAAUCUUUAUUAGAUGAUAAGUCUUCCGAAGCAGUAGAUAUUAAUCGAAAAUGUGAUAAUUACGGGCUGGAAUUACAGAGCAUUAAACAAAUGUUAUCAAUAUCACUACAAUCUGUCAUUAUUUUAUCUGCUAAUAUCAAACUACUCAGGUUUCAAAAUAAAAGUGGAAGAUAUCGUAAUAUUUCACUCGAAACAAAAGCUUCGUAUGAAGACUUGGAUAAGAAUGAAGUAUAUAAACAAUGUACGCAAUGUAUCCGUGAAGAGCAGGCCUUUAUCCCUGCAACCAUAACUCGGUGCUACCGGCCGAUAACUAUAGUCUUAACAGACGGCCAACAAGAUGUUAGUAUAACGGCAUCAAAUGAAGCAAUCGUCAAGUUAUUCUUGAAUGUCCCAGCAAAUUCCUUAACCAAACGGCUUCAUCCGGAAUCAAAUAUAACGGUAUGGCUAUAG